UGUUAUACAGGCUGUAGACUACAGCAGGAACAUACAUUUUAGAGGGACACAGCUUUGCUAGGUAUUCAAUCAAAAGUUUUUAAAGACUGUGACCAAAAUCUGAACGCUGUUUGGGAAGAUACGGGUGAAAGAGUAAGAGACUGAAAGAAAUCGUCAGCGAGAGAGAUGGGUGCGUCAGCAGUGUUCGUGUGUCUCCUGGUGUGUUUAGCCCUGGGUCUGAUUGGUGCAGCGGAGACAGGAGAGACUGGGCCUGCAGUAGGGAGGCCUAAAGGGCAAACUGGUAGUGAAACGGAUGAAAAUGGAGUAACUGAGCGUAUCACUGUUCAAAAAGAAGAGGCUAGUAAAUCGGUUAAACCUAAGGGUAAAAUUACUAGUAGUAAUGAUGUGAAUGUGUCUGGUAGUAAGAAAGACACAAGCGUAGUAAAUGAUGCUGCACAGCAGACUGGAGAAGGUGUUGGAGCUGCGAUAGCUGGUCCCACUGGUUAUACUGGUCGACUACUGGUGGUGCCGAUGGAUGGGAGUCACUGGGUGGUAGUGAAAGCCAUUGCUGAGGAGAUGGGACGCCGUGGACAUCAGGUCACUGUGGUUAUACCCGAAAUCAGCAUGCGUAUGGGUCCAGGUAAGCACUAUACCACAGUGACAUAUCCUGUGCCAUAUGGGCAGAAGGACAUUGACAAGCUGUUGGAAAGACACACAGACGUGAUGAGUCAGUCCACAAAACCCAUGAUGGAAAAGAUAUCCUUCCAUAUGGACAAUCUUAAGAAAGUAUCUGGCUUCAUUUUUACUACUGCUGAGGGGUUGCUGUUCAACACGUCACUCAUCUCCCAUCUAUCACAGCAGGGUUUUGAUGCAAUGUUGACUGACCCCAUGAUUCCUACAGGAUCUCUGAUAGCCAGGAAGUUGGGUCUCCCAUCCGUGGGUUUGCUAAGAGGAAUCCCCUGUGGCUUAGACCUCAAGUCUGCUGCCUGCCCCUCUCCUCCCUCUUACGUACCACGCUUCUUCACAAAAUACACAGACGUCAUGUCCUUCAAAGAGAGAGUCGUCAACGUAGUAGUGAGCAUGCUGGAGCCAUUGCUGUGCACAUUUCUGACCUGGCACUUUGACCAGAUUGCUAAGGACUUUUUGGAAGAGGAUGUGGGCGUGGCCGAAGUGCUGACAGACACUGCAAUCUGGUUGAUGAGGUAUGACUUCAUGCUGGAAUUCCCUCGCCCCCUAAUGCCUAAUAUGGUCCUUGUUGGCGGGAUCAACUGCAACUUGAACAAACCCUUACCUGAGGAUCUUGAGUCAUGGGUCUCCUCAGCGGAACAUGGUUUUGUGGUUUUCACCCUGGGCUCCAUGGUGUCGUCUAUGCCAAAGGAGAAAGCUGCUAUCUUCCUUGCAGCAUUUGAAAAGAUUCCACAAAGGGUUCUGUGGCGGUACACCGGGCCAGUUCCUGACCACAUCCCCAAAAAUGUUAUGAUAAAGAAAUGGCUUCCACAGAAUGACCUACUGACUCAUCAUGGUGUGAAGGCUUUCCUGACCCAUGCUGGGAGUCACGGUGUGUAUGAGGGUCUGUGUCACGGAGUUCCAAUGGUGAUGCUGCCUCUGAGUGGAGACCAGACUGACAAUGCUUAUAGAAUAGCCGCCCGAGGGGUGGGUGUGGUGUUGGACAUCAAUGAGAUCACUGUGGAAUCACUGCUGCAGGCAAUGAAUGAAGUCAUCAACACAACACGGUAUAAGGAAAAAAUGAUGAAGCUGUCUGCCAUGCAUAAGGAUCGCCCAAUCGACCCUCUCGACCUUUCUAUCUACUGGACAGAGUUUGUGAUGCGGCAUAAAGGGGCAGCACAUCUUAGGGUCGCUGCACAUGAUCUCAACUGGUUCCAAUACCACAGCCUGGAUGUAAUCGGCUGUUUGCUCCUCGUGGUGCUUGCUGUUGUCAUGGUGAUAAUGAGAUGCAUGGUGCUUUGUGUGCGGCGCUUUACCAGCAAGAGGAAACAGGACUGACCAGAAAGAAGAUCAAGGGUAUUGUACAUAAAGCGAUAUAAACCAUAACACAGUAUAUAAUAAUGCCCUUGCUGGUGCCAUGUGUCUAGCUGUGUUAUUAUAUGAAUCAUGCCAUUAAAAUAAAAGCAUUUUAACUAUAUAAAGAGUGCCAUGUCUGUAAACGACAAAUUAAAAACUUUAUUAAAG